AUGGAUGUGGACUCCGAGAUUCAGAGGGUCAAAGAGGAGAGACAGAAAAUGGAGAAAGAAAUCGCUGCUCUCGAUUCUCUGACUUUUGACACUGACCUUUAUAGUUCGAAUAAGUUCGAGGGCUAUGAGCAGUCCAUUCCUGUCAAUGACGAUGAAGAUAAUUUUGAUGUCACUGAGAAUGAGAUUGCGAGGAAGAUGUCGUCUUUUACUGCCCCCAAGCAGUUCUUCAAGGAGCCUCUGAGAGCCGGGGAAGAGGACGAGAUCUCUGGGUUCAAGCAGCCUAGUAAGAUCAUCGAUCGUGAGGAUGAUUACAGGCGGAGGAGGCUGAACAGGAUUAUAUCCCCCGAUAGAAAUGAUCCUUUCCUGGACAAGACCCCGGGGCCUGAGGUCAGGACUUAUGCUGACGUCAUGCGAGAGGAAGCCCUGAAGCGAAAGGAGGAGGAGAUAAAGCGCGAGAUCGCAAAGAAGAAGAAAGAAGAGGAGGAGCUGAAGGAGAAGGCCAAGGAAAAGGAGACCGAUAAGCCCAAGAAGAGGAAUAGAUGGGAUGUCUCACAGGACGAGAGCUCCGGUGUUAAAAAGACUAAGUCGGGUUCUGACUGGGAUAUGCCCGACUCGACCCCUGGAAUCGGGAGAUGGGAUGCAACACCCACCCCUGGGAGAUUAGGUGAUGCGACGCCCUCGAUUUCCAGGAAAAAUCGGUGGGACGAGACUCCAACUCCCGGUCGUUUGAAUGACUCAGAUGCAACCCCUGCCGGUGGCGUGACACCUGGCGCGACCCCUGCAGGCAUGGCUUGGGAUGCCACACCAAAGCUCGGAGGGCUGGCUACCCCGACCCCCAAACGACAGAGAUCGAGAUGGGACGAGACUCCGGCUACCAUGGGAAGUGCCACACCUGGUGCCACCCCAGCUGCAGCAUUCACUCCCGGUGUGACUCCUUUUGGGGCCGUUGAUAUGGCUACCCCAACUCCGAGUGCCAUAAUGCAUGGUGCAAUGACCCCCGAACAGUAUAACCUGAUGAGGUGGGAGAAGGAUAUCGAGGAUAGAAACAGGCCGCUUACUGAUGAGGAGCUCGAUGCCAUGUUUCCACAGGAAGGGUAUAAGAUAUUGGAUCCUCCCGCAUCAUAUGUCCCUAUCCGAACACCUGCCCGUAAGCUUCUCGCCACGCCUACCCCGAUGGGAACUCCUCUGUAUAACAUCCCUGAAGAGAAUCGUGGGCAGCAGUUUGAUGUGCCGAAGGAGAUGCCUGGUGGGUUGCCGUUCAUGAAGCCCGAGGAUUAUCAGUACUUUGGUUCUCUGCUGAAUGAAGAAAAUGAGGAGGAGUUGUCUCCCGAUGAGCAGAAGGAACGUAAGAUCAUGAAGCUGUUGCUAAAGGUUAAGAACGGUACUCCGCCUCAGAGGAAAACUGCCUUGAGGCAGUUGACAGAUAAGGCGAGGGAAUUUGGUGCUGGGCCACUGUUCAACAGGAUUUUGCCGCUGCUCAUGCAGCCAACCCUGGAAGAUCAGGAGCGGCACUUGCUUGUGAAAGUAAUUGAUCGGGUGCUUUAUAAGCUGGAUGAGUUGGUGCGUCCAUACGUGCACAAAAUCCUUGUGGUUAUCGAGCCCCUGUUGAUAGAUGAGGACUAUUAUGCACGUGUGGAAGGGAGAGAAAUCAUCUCAAAUCUCAGCAAAGCAGCUGGGUUGGCCACAAUGAUUGCUGCCAUGCGGCCAGACAUUGAUAACAUUGAUGAGUAUGUUAGGAACACUACUGCAAGAGCUUUUAGUGUAGUUGCCUCUGCCCUCGGCAUUCCUGCCUUGCUCCCGUUUCUAAAAGCCGUGUGUCAGAGCAAGAAAUCGUGGCAAGCUCGACAUACGGGUAUCAAGAUUGUGCAGCAGAUUGCGAUUCUAAUCGGGUGUGCUGUUCUUCCCCACUUGCGCUCUCUGGUCGAGAUCAUCGAGCACGGUCUUAACGACGAGAAUCAGAAAGUCAGAACCAUCACAGCCCUGUCACUGGCAGCCCUUGCAGAGGCCGCGGCCCCGUACGGUAUCGAGAGCUUCGACUCGGUUUUGAAGCCUCUGUGGAAAGGUAUCCGUUCCCACCGUGGCAAAGUGCUGGCCGCUUUCUUGAAAGCCAUUGGUUUCAUCAUACCCCUCAUGGACGCUGUAUACGCCAGCUACUACACCAAGGAGGUCAUGUUCAUCCUGAUCCGUGAGUUCCAAUCACCGGACGAAGAAAUGAAAAAAAUUGUUAUAAAAGUCGUGAAGCAGUGCGUGAGCACUGAGGGUGUGGAGCCCGACUAUAUCAGAAAUGAUGUCCUCCCCGAAUUCUUCCGGAAUUUCUGGGUCCGGAGGAUGGCUCUGGACAGGAGGAACUACAAGCAGCUAGUUGAGACGACUGUUGAGAUCGCGAAUAAGGUCGGUGUAGCCGAUAUCGUGGGUAGAAUAGUCGAGGACCUCAAGGACGAGAGCGAGCCCUACAGAAGGAUGGUCAUGGAGACUAUCGAGAAAGUGGUCACGAACCUGGGGGCAUCCGACAUCGAUUCGCGUUUAGAAGAGCUCUUGAUCGACGGUAUUCUGUACGCUUUCCAGGAGCAAACAAGUGACGAUGCGAACGUGAUGCUCAACGGGUUUGGUGCAGUGGUCAACUCUCUUGGCCACAGGGUGAAGCCUUACCUCCCCCAGAUUUGCGGUACCAUAAAAUGGCGGCUCAACAACAAGAGCGCGAAAGUCCGGCAGCAGGCUGCGGAUCUCAUUUCAAGGAUCGCUGUCGUGAUGAAGCAGUGUGGGGAGGAGCAGCUGAUGGGUCAUCUUGGCGUUGUGCUGUAUGAGUAUCUCGGGGAAGAAUACCCUGAAGUACUGGGUUCUAUUCUGGGCGCCCUCAAAUCCAUAGUAAAUGUUAUUGGGAUGACCAAAAUGACCCCACCGAUCAAGGACCUCCUCCCUAGGCUGACUCCCAUACUGAAAAACCGGCACGAGAAGGUACAAGAAAACUGCAUCGACCUUGUGGGAAGGAUUGCUGAUCGUGGGUCUGAGUUUGUGCCCGCCAGAGAAUGGAUGAGGAUAUGCUUCGAGCUGCUCGAGAUGCUCAAGGCCCACAAGAAGGGUAUUCGGCGGGCCACUGUCAACACUUUCGGCUACAUAGCUAAGGCCAUUGGCCCGCAAGACGUGCUCGCGACCCUGCUCAACAAUCUCAAGGUCCAGGAAAGGCAAAACCGUGUCUGCACGACUGUGGCCAUAGCUAUAGUGGCCGAGACAUGCUCGCCCUUCACAGUCCUGCCUGCUCUAAUGAACGAGUACCGUGUGCCAGAGCUCAACGUUCAGAACGGUGUCCUCAAGUCACUCUCUUUCUUGUUUGAGUACAUUGGUGAGAUGGGCAAGGAUUAUAUAUAUGCCGUGACCCCUUUGCUCGAGGAUGCUCUUAUGGACAGGGACUUGGUACACAGGCAGACAGCUGCCUCGGCCGUUAAGCACAUGGCCCUUGGUGUAGCUGGCUUGGGGUGCGAGGAUGCUUUGAUCCAUUUGAUGAAUUACAUUUGGCCGAACAUUUUCGAGACAUCACCACAUGUUAUAAAUGCUGUUAUGGAAGCUAUCGAGGGCAUGAGGGUGGCUUUAGGGGCUGCUGUUGUGCUGAAUUAUUGCCUUCAGGGUCUGUUUCACCCGGCAAGGAAGGUGAGGGAAGUUUACUGGAAGAUAUAUAACUCACUUUAUAUCGGCGCUCAGGAUGCUCUCGUGGCUUCUUAUCCUGUGCUGGAGGACGAAGUCAUAGACAAAAGUGGAGAUGUUGGAGAACGGAAAAACAUUUACAGCCGGCCGGAGCUUCAUAUGUUUGUCUGA